AUUUAAUUCGUGAAACCUAUAUUAUUUUUCUAGAACCAUGUAUCAAGAUUUCGGAUAGACUAUUUCAGGAAUAGUAGGAUUUGUUAUUUACUAGUCUAGCUGAUUUUUCUACAUUUUGGAAAUAAAGCAUAAAAGAAUGGCGGCUUCCACAAAGUUGACAUGGGCUCAACGCAUCAGCUAUGGAGUGGGUCAUUCCCUCAACGACCUCUGUUCCACCAUGUGGUUCAGCUAUCUAAUUAUCUACCUGCAGUUGGUGCUGGGCUUCAACUCAAACUACGCUGGUCUGAUUCUCCUGAUAGGACAGACAGUGGACGCCAUAGCAACUCCUCUGUUGGGUUACGAAGCGAGUCACCCUAGACAAAGCAAAAUUUGCAAGAAGUACGGAAGAAGGAAAUUUAUGCAUCUGAUUGGCACGAUAUGUGUUGUGGUUAGUUUUCCUUUCAUCUUCAGCUCUUGUCCCGGAUGCAACAAGGCCAGUCCGUUUGCCAUGACCAUUCUGCUCAUCCCUUUGGUGAUCAUCUUCCAGGUGGGAUGGGCAGCUGUCCAGGUGUCCCACAUGUCACUUAUACCUGCCAUCACUCCUCAUGAAAGCGAAAGAGACUUUCUCAAUGUUCUCAGGUAUGCUAUCAACACAGCCUCUGAUAUAGGAACGUAUGUCAUCGUUUGGGCAGUGUUUGAUCUGACGAGGCAGCCGACUGGUGAUGUGAAAGCUAUUAACAACAAUUACGCUGAAAAAUUUCUGGUCAUCGUCUUGAUCGUCGUCGGAGUUGGUUCCUUUUUCUCCAUUAUGUUCCACAUAGGAGUGAAGGAGGUGCCAUCUCAGUCGGCACACUCGUCAGAGAAGGAUGAUGACAGUAUAGAGCGACAGAAGGAAGAGGAAUUCAGAAAGAAUAUCCAUCUAUCGUGGAGAGGAUGGAUUAGAGAAAAGCAUUUUUAUCAGGUUAGCUUAUUGUACAUGUUGACAAGAUUGUUCCAAAACAUGGGAAUGGUUUUCAUGCCUCUUUACUUACAAGAGUCACUCAAGGCUAACAGUGAUUUUAUCGCUAAGAUUCCACUAGUGAUGAAUAUAAGUGGAUUUGUAGUCUCCUGUACACUUCCUAAAUUUUUUAGAGUCUUGAGUAAAAAAGUGACAUUCUUAGCUGGAACUGUUCUUGCAGUCGGUGGAUGUGCUUGGAUCUCCGUAGGUGAGGGGGACAGUUUCUGCAGUCAGGGGAUAUAUGGUGUGGGUGUGAUGCUCGGGGCUGCCGCUUCAAUGCUCAUUGUUAGUUCUCUCUCCUUCACGCACGAUCUCAUAGGCACCAGCUCAGAGAGUGGAGCUUUUGUGUAUGGCUGUAUGAGCUUUUGGGAUAAAAUCGCCAAUGGUAUUGCUGGAAUGUUGGUCCAAUAUAUACACUCUGAAACAUGUCAAAACUGUGAUUGGUUCUACAAAGAUGUUAUGUCGUACGGAGUUGGUGGUACUGCUAUUCUUGCAAGUUUGGUGCUGGCAACGCUGCUUCCCGCUAAUCUAGGAAAAAGAACAUCCUCAUACAAUGAAAUAGUUGAUGUGACUCCAGAGCAAGAAAAAAUUAACUACCGUUCAAUUGACAAAUGCACAGAAAGUACUCCAAUUUUGCAAGAACGGUGAAACAAUACUUAGGAAUUUUAGAAGUACAUGAAAACAAGGAAAUGGAAAUAAGACCGAGGGAUUCGUAGUCAAAAAACUCUUAAGAAAUCCCAGAAAGCAAAUUAAAACUGUUUUUUUAAUUUUAGUAGUUUUGUAUACAUAAAAAUUGAUUGUUUGAUUUA